AGAGACAGGAUAGGGUCUGUUACCUCACUGCUAAUUUCCCUAGCAAAUAAACCACCAGCUGCUGGUCCAUGAACCAAGUUGCCACCAGGAACAGGGCACUGUAUGCAUGGGACAGGAUGCUUUCAUGGAGUCCUUCAGCAGCACGGUUGGGAUCUUUCAGUGCAAAAUAUACCUCCUUCUCUUAGGCGCUUGCUUGGGGCUGAAAGUGACAGUGCCAUCACGCACCGUUCAUGGCAUCAGGGGUCAGGCCCUCUACCUCCCCGUGCACUAUGGAUUCCACACUCCAGCAUCAGACAUCCAGAUCAUAUGGCUGUUUGAGAGACCCCACACAAUGCCCAAAUAUUUACUGGGCUCUGUGAAUGAGUCUGUGGUUCCCGACUUGGAAUACCAACACAAGUUCACCAUGAUGCCACCCAAUGCAUCUCUGCUUAUCAACCCACUGCAAUUCACUGAUGAAGGCAAUUACAUCGUGAAGGUCAACAUUCAGGGAAAUGGAACUCUCUCAGCCAGUCAGAAGAUACAAGUCACCGUUGAUGAUCCUGUCACAAAGCCAGUGGUACAGAUUCAGCCUUCCUCUGGCGCUGUGGAGUAUGUGGGGAACAUGACCCUGACAUGCCUCGUGGAAGAGGGCACCCGGGUGGCUUACCAGUGGCUAAAAAACAAAAGACCUGUCCGUACCAGCUCUACCACCUCCUUUUCUCUCCAAAACAACACCCUUCAUAUUGCUCCAGUGACCAAAGAAGACAUCGGGAAUUACACUUGCCUGGUGAAGAAUCCUGUCAGUGAGAUGGAAAGUGACAUCAUUAUGCCUACCAUAUAUUAUGGACCUUAUGGACUUCAAGUUAAUUCUGACAAAGGGCUAAAAGUAGGGGAAGUGUUUACUGUUGACACUGGAGAAGCCAUCUUGUUUUACUGUUCUGCUGAUUCUUACCCCCCCAACACCUACUCCUGGAUCCGGAGGACUGACAAUACAACAUAUGUCAUCAAGCAUGGACCUCGCUUGGAAGUUACAUCUGAGAAAGUAGCCCAAAAGCCAACUGAUUAUGUGUGCUGUGCUUACAACAAUGUAACGGGACGGCGAGAUGAAGCUCAUUUCACAGUCAUCAUCACUUCUAUAGGACUCGAGAAGCUUGCACAAAAGGGGAAAUCAUUGUCCCCUUUAGCAAGUAUAACCGGAAUAUCACUCUUUUUAAUUAUAUCCAUGUGUCUUCUCUUCCUAUGGAAAAAAUAUCAACCCUAUAAAGUUAUAAAACAGAAGCUAGAAGGCAGACCAGAAACAGAAUACAGGAAAGCUCAAACAUUUUCAGGCCAUGAAGAUGCUCUGGAAGACUUCGGAAUAUAUGAAUUUGUUGCUUUUCCAGAUGCUGCUGGUGUUCUCAGGAUGCCAAGCAGGUCUGUUCCAGCCUCUGAUGGUGUAUCAGGACAAGAUUUGAACAGUACCAUUUACGAAGUCAUUCAGCACAUCCCUGCCCAACAGCACGACUGUCCAGAAUUAUUCUAGCAGUGUUGUUUUCAUUACUGCAUGUGUCUGUUACCUAAUUGGACUGGUGUUUAACAAAUUGGUAAGUUGACCUGUUUUUGUAUUUUAGUACUCAGCUGUUAUUUGUUUAUUGAACUGAUGGGUACAUUUAUUUAAAUGCUAUCUGUUGACCUCAUGGAAUGCUCCAGGCACAGUUUGUUUUAAACCCAUGACUGCCGGGCACCUGGGUGGCUCAGUCGGUUGAGUGUCUGACUUCUGCUCAGGUCAUGAUCUCACAGUUUGUCAGUUCGAGCCCCGUGUCGGGCUCUGUGCUGACAGCUCAGAGCCUGGAGUCUGCUUCAGAUUCUGUCUGUCUCUCUCUCUGCCCCUCCCCCAUUCAUGCUCUCUCUCUCUCUCUCUCUCUCUCUCUCUCUCUCUCUCUCUCCCUCUCUGCCCCUCCUCCACUCACGCUCUGUCUCUCUCCCCUUCGGAAAUAAAUAAACAUUUAAAAAAAAAUUAUAAACCCAUGACUUGGCUGUUGAGUCAUUUGAGUAAGUAAACCUUUUACUAAACCUUUACUUUCAAAAGGAAAUUAUCUACAGAAUUCGGUGAUUGCUUACUCUUUACACUUACUGGUUUAUAAAUGUAAUUUUCUUGAACUAGUUUAAAACACUCGUUAUUUGCAGCUAUUGAAAGGAAUAAAAGAGUUUAAGGUUCCUCUACCUGGGGAACUGGAAAUCUGUAGAAUAUUUUAUGCAUCUUGUAACAUCUU